AUGGGAGCUAUUAACUAUCUCAGGGAGAUACACAGGCGCAAGCAGUCUGAUGUGAUGAGAUAUCUGCUGAGGAUUCGGGUAUGCGAAUACAGACAGAGGGGAGAGUGCUUCCGUGUUGAGAAGCCAACGUUUCUCGAGAGAGCCCGAACGCUUGGAUACAAAGCAAAGCAGGGAUAUGUGCUGUAUAUUGCACGGGUGAAGAAAGGGAACAUGAAGAGGAACUACCACAACGGGAACACCCGGGGGAAAUGUGUGAAUGCAGGAAUCAACCAAAUCAAGCCGUCUCUUAGGAAGCAAGCGAGCGCCGAGAUGGUAGCUGGUAAGAAGUGUGCUAACCUUGGUGUUCUGAACUCCUACUGGGUUGGGCAGGAUGCAGCCUACAAGUACUAUGAGGUGAUAAUGGUUGACAGACAUCACCCAGCAAUAAGAAACGACUGCAAGAUCAACUGGAUAUGCAAGAGCACGAUGAAGCAUAGGGAGUGCAGAGGCCUCACGUCUGCAUCCAAGAAGAGUAGAGGGCUUGGAAAGGGAGUCCGAUUCAACAAGUCGAAGGGAGGAUCUAUCCGAUCAUGCUGGAGAAGAAGGAACACAUUGGUUCUCCAGAAGUACCGUUGA